AUGUCAUGUUUUCUACGCAGAAAUCUUCUGGCUAGACUGUUUCAAAGUUCUUAUAAAUGUGAGAGAGGAUUGUUAGCAGCCCGUUGCUACAGCAGCAAUGAGACUGAUUCUGAAUACGAGGAUGUUGCUGCCUUCAUGAAACUACUUCGGCGAACGAGAUACUUCAAUGACAACUACUUAAAACCAGAAUACCGUAGCUUUACUGUCUCGAGAAAUUCCGAGCUCAAGAUUGAUCAGAAAGAUAUUAUGGUUGGUGGAAGAAACAAAAAUCCCGUCUACACUGGAGGGAAUGACAACUCAAAGCCUUUAUCCAAAGAAAUAGCUUUCAUGAAAUGGAUGUUCAUGAGACAUAUUGCUUUGAAACCCUUUGUAGCAGAACUUCCUAGUAUCAAAGAACUAUCUCAGGGCAGCAGAAUGCUUUUCAAGAAAAUACUGAAUGCGACUAUCACUAAUAGAAUUGAUGAGUUGGCUCCUUCUACAUUAGGAGGUGUUUCUGUUUUGAAAGAUUUGAAAAGUAGUGCGAGAUCUCUGACAGAAAUUCAAAGACGAGCUCUCCGACUAGUAUCGGACGAUGACAUUGUUGGGCAUGAUGGGUUGAUGCUCAAUUAUUGCGGGUACAGUAUGCAUCCAGAUUCAAUCAGUCGUUACAUUCACUCGUUCGAUAUCGUUUCCAAUGAUGCUGUGGGAAAGAAGGAAGACGGAAAAUACUUGUGCUAUAGCGUUCAAUUAUUAGCAGUAGGAAAAAAGAAACAGUUGUACAAAUUAGUCAGAUUACUACCUUAUAAACAUGAUAGAGACCAGAUGCUUGUAUCUUUACCAAAAGAUUACGGGUUCACUCAGCCUAGAUAUACUUUGAUGAAAAUAUAUUUCUGUCAUAAAAUUAAUGAAAAUGGAUUUAUGGUAUCGCUAGAUGAGGAUUGUAUGCUAUACGAUUUCCAUAUCUUCAACUUUUAA